CGCCCGUGAGAGCAGUGGGAGAAGAUUUCGGUCGCUCCUCCUUGCAAUGAGCCAACCGUACGAUGCUGAGGGUCAUCCCCAAUCAGUGGAUGGAGCAUCGUCCUCUCUUCGUGGAGACUACAGAGCACGAGUAUCCCACUCCGAAGUCACUCCCAGAUCCACCCAUGACUGAGGGACCCUCGGCUCCAGCUGAGCCAGACCUGCUGUCCUCCAACCUCACCAACUCCACGGACUGCGGGGAGGAGAUUCUGCUUUAUGGAGACACUGAGAAAAUUGUGAUCGGGACGGUGCUCUCCAUCAUCACCUUGAUGACCAUCGCCGGCAACAGCUUGGUCAUCAUCUCUGUGUGCAUUGUCAAGAAGCUGCGGCAGCCCUCCAACUACCUGGUGAUUUCCUUGGCCGCUGCCGACCUCUCCGUGGCCUUUGCGGUCAUGCCUUUCGUGAUCAUUACGGAUCUGGUGGGAGGGGAGUGGCUGUUCGGGAAGGUGUUUUGCAACGUGUUCAUUGCCAUGGAUGUUAUGUGCUGCACCGCUUCCAUCAUGACAUUGUGUGUCAUCAGCGUCGACAGGUAUCUGGGGAUCACACGGCCACUGACAUACCCUGUAAGACAAAACGGGAAACUAAUGGCCAAGAUGGUGUUCAUAGUUUGGCUUCUCUCUGCCUCCAUAACCCUCCCUCCACUGUUUGGCUGGGCCAAGAACGUCAACGUUGAAAGAGUCUGCCUUAUCAGCCAGGACUUUGGAUACACCAUCUACUCCACCGGGGUCGCCUUCUACAUCCCCAUGACGGUCAUGCUUGUCAUGUACAGCCGGAUCUACAAAGCUGCCAAGGUCAGUGCCGAGAAGCACCACUUCAUAAACUUCCCCAGACAGCAGGAGCAGGAGGGGGCGUACUGCAUGGACGUCGGCGUCCGAGGCCAUCACAGCUCCAAGCGCAGCAAGGCGGUGGAGGAAUGCGCCACCUUGUCCAAACUCCUCAGGCAAGAUCGAAAGAACAUUUCCAUCUUCAAACGGGAGCAGAAAGCAGCCAGGACCCUGGGCAUUAUUGUGGGGGCUUUUACCUUUUGCUGGUUUCCCUUCUUCCUGAUGUCCACGGCCCGGCCUUUCAUUUGUGGCAUCCAGUGUAGCUGCAUGCCGUUAAGACUGGAAAGGACCCUGCUGUGGCUGGGUUACACCAACUCCCUUAUCAACCCCCUGAUCUAUGCUUUCUUCAACCGCGACCUGAGGACUACUUUUUGGAACCUUCUGCGAUGCAGGUACAGGAACAUCAACAGGAGGCUGUCUGCCGCAAGCAUGCACGAGGCCUUGAAAGUCACAGAGAGACACGAGGGCAUCUUGUAGAUCUCCCACAGGGUCACCUUCCCCCCCUAAUGCAAGUGACUAUCAUGAGCGACUAAUUAAAGAACUGCCCCUCCAUCUCGCCUACUGCAGGGUUGAUUGCCAGUCAGGCAGGGCAAAUAUGGGCAGUGCUGUUUCUUCACCUGAGUUAACCAUUGCCAAGAUUGCACAAGUGCGUGUAACCCAAGAGGUGUCCCAAGCGCUGAGCAGCAGAGGGUCACAGCUACAACAGAAGAGCUCAUAAUCCUUCCCUUUUCCUCUUUAAAAGGGAGAUGCAGCUCAUGGAGAUGGCAGUUCAUGGCAAGAUGUGAUGCCUCAGAAGGCAAGUCAGGAUCUCCUGCGCACUCUUCCCAAUUCUGCCACUGAUUGACUGUGUGACCUUGGGCCAGUCAUCGUAUUGCUCCGUGCCGCAAAGAAAAUAUAAUGGUACCCACCUUUGCAAAAGGCUUUGAGGUCUGCCUGGGGAGGAGAGCAUGACAUGCUGUUCUUGGAUCACAGGCUGCAUUUCUGUAUCGAACACGAGAGCAGCUAUUGAGGGUUGCCUCUCAGCAGGGCACAUGUGCAGCUGCACAGAAGAGAUUUAAAUGCCACCCAACUGAUGAGCAGAGUGCCCACAGAUAGGGUUAUUUUUCAACUGGUGGUGCGUAUUCGCACAUGCCUCGAUGCAUGUACAUUUAUUCCUCACAUGGAAAAAUCCACAUAUGGCUGGAAAAGACUAGAGAGACCAUUGGCUAUGGGGCUGCAUUAUGGGUGUCAAUUAAACCCAUUCUAACCAUUGUACACUUUGCAUCCCUGUUUAUAAACAGUUGCAACUGAUUUGAUUCCAUUGCACACUCGCCAGCCAGUUCUAAAUUUGCAUGGCAAGAAACAGUAUCAAUGACUCUCUUUCCCCAAGCCCUCGUGUUACAGUACCGGAAACUGGCAUGCUUACAAAUAACAAUGCAAAAACCUCGUCUGUAGUUUGAUAGACGUUUAACAGCAUAUUUAUAUCAGAGAAACAAAGAGCAAGUAAAGACUUCUGUAUUUACUGGGAUAUAUAAUAUAGUUCAUUCUCAGCCAAGUGAUGUAUUUUCCUAAUUUUGUGGCUAAUUGAUUAAUCAAGGCAGUACAUAAAAGCAUGCUUUGGUUGACAAGAGACAAAAAUGUAUUAUUUCACUGACUGCUUACGCGCUGCACUAUAAUGUACAGCAAACAUGAGAAAUAUACUGAACAAUGUAUCACUUUUUAAAAAACAAGUUUAUUUAUUCCAGUCUAGGUUGUUGUUUUUUUAAUGUAUUAAUACUUUUGUUGCAUUUUUCCACCCUUUUCCAGAGCUCUGUUUGGCCCCGAGCCCACACCUACUGAAAUCAACUGAAAGAACGUUCAGUGAUUUCUCAAGGCUUUGGAUCAGGUUUCCUUGUGAAUUUAAAAUGAUUCCUGUCAAGGCUGAAGAAGAGGUUGUACUAAUGCAUGGCAGCUCAUGGACUUUUAUUUCAUAGAGAUUUCCUUUCUUAAGUCCUACAAAAAGUAAGGCAAGACUGAUGUAUAUAGUAAAGGGAGUUCCUGUUACAUUGGGAGUGAGAAUGCAUCUCAAAGUUCUCUUAAGACGAAUUCCCUUUAAGCUCCAUCAGGUUCAUUGACUGUAUUUCCAUUGACUCAAGAUAGCAAUUACAUCUUAAGUCAAUGGAAAUAUAGUCAGUGAACCUGACGGACACACGAUCUGGUCUGAGCGUGAGGGUCUUAGAAGGAUCUUUCAAAAUACAAAGUCCUGGCCCUAUUUAAAUCAAUAGGAGGAAUUUUUUUUUCUGACUUCAAGCUGGGAUGGGCAGAGAGAUUUACAGAAGUAGUCCUUUCCCCCUCCCAUACCAGAUCAAACUACCAGCCCCACAAACUCGGUAUCCAACCUCCAGAAUUGGCUGACAAUUAUUUAGAGGUUGAGCGCUCCCAAAAUGAGCGAGGCACUUUCCAAACGUGUAAGCAGACACAGUUCCUGCCUCAAGAGCAUAUAAUCCACAAUGACACAGGUGGACAAAGGGCAGGACAUGCCAUAUACCAAUGUAGCUAUGUGGAUAUUGACAGACAGGUGGGUAAUUAGUUCAAAGCGUGGGUUUCUUGUAACAUGAAACUGACCAUGCUCCCCACCCACCCUCCACAAUUUGGCCUGCUUGUCUUUUUAGUCACACUGACCCCCCACUUCCAGCUUUGAAGUCUGUAUCCUCCCCUGUCCUUCUCCCUUCCCUCCAGCUGGUCACUCUCAUGAAAUAGCUACACAGGGGCAUGUCUACACUAGGGCUACGUCUAGACUGGCCAC